AGAUGACCGCACCGUAGGAUGGGCACCUUCUCCUCAUCGAUGCCUUUGCGGAGACGCGGUCGUCCUGUCGCUCAUUCCCUCAUAUUCGUCCUGAUCAAAGAAUUUAAAGCCGGUGUUGUGGCUCCAAGAUGCUGUUUCACUCGCUUUUGGUGUGCUUGCCCCUCGUCAGCUCACGUGUGAUUUCAAGACUACGUGAAACGCCACUGCUAAGCAGCCAGGAGGGUGCACCAGGUAUUGGACUCCAUUUCACAACGUCGUAUGCGACUGCUGCGAUUCGAUAUGAUAAUGGGACAAUAGUUGAUCUUGUCAGAAUUGAAGCGGAUGCAGAAUACAUCGAUUUGAUGUCACGGUGGGCGAAUCCAGCAUCUAAACAAGAUUGCUCGGACCCGUGGAAGGAAUUCCAAUGCUCAAUUGCUCGACGAAAACGAAACGUGAACAAAUGGCUCGGACGGCCUGCAACCGUAGAGGUGGGGAUACUGUCAUCUUUCGUAGUCGAUCUUAAGGCCGCCGUCGAGGACACACUCGAUUUCCCAAUAACGAGAGUCUUCCCUGUGUUUCCAAUGCUGGAGGGUAUGGAAGAAGACGACAUCCAAGACGCCUUAGAAUACACGGGCCUAGACUGGCUGCUUGCUGAACGCCGCUCAUACCACAUAUUCUGGGAGACGAAUGCGGCGUUUGCAGGCUUGGGAUACGGGCUAUGCAAAUCGCGGAAGAACCUUCUACAGUGCGAGGAGCAGGAGAGGGACAUGCACCUCGAGCCGGUUCUUUUCCUCAACUUCGAUAAUUCCUCCUUCGCGGCGUCGCUCCAGGGCAUGGAGAAUGCUUAUUGGGAUUGGACCAUGAUGUCAGAGGUACGCCUCGACCUCGGAUGGUGGAAUAUGCCGGUUUAUGAGGUACCGAGAGCGAAGUUCCUUGCUCGGAUCCAACAAGUAAUUGUCAAUGUUGGGAGCUCCAUGGUUCGCCCACCGACUAAGAUCAUCCUUCUUGGCGAGUAUGCCGAUGACGAAGACUUCCGGGAGACAGUGAAGGCGGCGAUAUGGGAGCUUCUGGAAUACGAUGCAUCCCCUCUUCUGGAAGUUAAUAUGAUGAAGCGAGGAGAGCCGUGGAUGCUCGCAGCUAGGGGAGCAGCGGAAAUGGCUGGACGUGCUGAAUAUUGGAAUCAGUACGAGCGAAGGAGGCCCGGAGAGGGACUAGAAACUUUCGUUGUUGAGCUUUGAGAAAGUUUUCAUAAUGUGUAAACCGCUUAA